AUACGACCCCCUUUUAGGCAUGUCUGUUGAACAUGUGUUUUAACAUGAACAAAAAUUGUUGACUUUUUUUAAAUUAAUUGUCUAAAUCUUUUCUUGUGUAUUAUUUUGGGUUUAUUUGGCUAAUUACCUGUCAAAUCACAAUUUAAAAUGGCAAAGAAGAAGAUGAAAAAGCUGAGAAAAUUGAAUCUAGUUUUUGAUGAAGAGGAACGUCGAGAUUAUUUAACGGGAUUUUCCAAGAGAAAGCAGGAAAGAAAAUUAAAAGCCAAGGAAAAAAUUGAAAAACAAAUGAGAGAACUUCGUAUCAAAUUGAGAAAACAAAAACGAGAGAAACUUAAAUCAGCGUACAUUAACCAGCAAGGCGAUCCUGAUAUUGAAGCUAUGUUGCCAAAAGAGGAUAUUAAGACGUAUGAUUUACCUGAACAAGUUGUUACUAUAAGCCCUAUGGAUCCGGCUGAAAUAGGUGGAUCUUUAAACCUUUUUAUGGGUUAUAAUAAAUUUGAAGCAUUACCUGAUGAUGAUCCUGGUGAAGGUAAUACAAAGCUUGUAAACAAACAACAAAGUUGAUGUUUUUACGUAAUGUUUCCCUGUUGAUAAAUUUGUUUACCAUUUUGGUAAAACUCAAAAGUUUUGGUUUAAACUUAAUUUAAGGUGCCUCGAUUCAUGAAGCUUAAUAAAUUAAUUUAUUUCAAUCCUA